AUGGACGACGCAACUGUAGUAACGACCAAGAGCGCCGCAUCAGCGAAAGGUCUGCCAAAAUGCGUCUGUAGUUGGAAGAAUUGUCGAACCUAUCAAAAGGCGUACAAAUCGUACGGUCACUCCAUUUUGGACGGCAUCGUCAAGGUCAAGUUCAUCAAGGGAGACACAGCGUCCAUCCCGCUCAAAGCCAGUGUCGACCGUACACUCAAAGUCCCCAAAGAGAAACGACAAGACUGGAAACCUGCCAAAGGCGAAGAGAUUAUUCGUUACAACAUUGCGCGCCAUCAUUUUACCGAACCUCAUAUUCAGCGCUAUUGCCAAGACCCCAAGCGAUACAAGUGGACGUCGCUCUUUAGUGAGGCCGAAGCCAAAAAGUACCUCUUCAAGCAAGACCCCAAGGAAACCAUGAGCUUGGGAGAUGCCGAAGUCUAUUACGUGCAGUGUCCAAACGUCUCCAAAGACUACGUCAAGCAACAAUUCCUCAAAAUGAAGGCAGAAAUGGAAGAAAAGGAGGCACAAGAACACGCACUACGACAGCAGCAACAGCAAUCCAGCGCCCUGGGACGAUUCUUGGGCAGUGGCGGAGGAGGCACCACAUCGGGAUCUGUCGAAGAAGAGCCAAGGCAUCAAUUGCCCGAACACAAGGAUUCCAUGACCAUUUCCACGACGAGAUCCAGCGAGUUACUGGCACGCAAGGAAGAAGAAAACAAUCGACUGAGAAAGGAACUGGAAGCCUGCAAAUCGCAGCUCACCUAUCUACACGAAAUGGUCCGACAAUUGCAAGAAGAUACCUGCGAUAACAUGUCGGUCUAUUCUCGUAAGUCCACACGAUCGCGAGCCAACAAAAAGAACAAAGCGGGUGGCGGGGCCUACGGCAUGGGCAGUGGUCCCUUUCCGCUCGAAGUGGAACUCGUCGACGACGAAGCAUCCGAAUGGGAUGGUGGCGGUGAUGGAGAAGACGAAAUUGAAGAUUGGAGUGACGCCGAUGACGAAGACGAGACCAUUAUGGACGACCAGUCCAGUGAUUUUAUGGGCAAGGCAUCACCCGGUGCGCUGGGUGUGCACGGGCACGGCGGUGGUCCCAAGAGCAGCAAAAUGGGUCGUCGCACGUCUCUCGCCAGUCGAGCGUCCAUUGUCAGUGCCUCGCAGUCGGUGAAAAGUUUGCCACGAGAAAUUGAACUCGCCGAAGACGAAGAGAAUGGAUCGGGCAGUGAAGAUUCCAGCAUGGCCGAUGCCUUUGACGACCGGUCCUAUGUCAGCCGCGGAUCAAGAGUCUCACGAGCAAGCCACUCCAUCGACAAUAACGACUACAGCGGAGGAGGAAAAGAUCGUCGCAGCAAAAAAUCGCGAGGUGGCGGUGGUAAGUCCCGAGGCAAGAGCAAGGGCAGCAGUAAUGGAUACGGAGGCGGCAGCAACGGAAGCGAUGUCGAGACGUAUGAAGUCAAGCAGCAGGUCAUUGUCGAUCCGUACGGGGAGAAGGGAACCUACGCUGGUUCUCUAUCCAAGGCAACCGGAAUGCCCCACGGCAAGGGCCGCCUAGAGUAUGCUGCUGGUCGGUGGUACGAAGGUGACUGGAAGCAUGGACGGUGGACUGGAAGAGGAAGACUCAGUAAUGGCGAUGGAGAUCUCUAUGAAGGAGAGCUCCGAAACGAUCACAAGCACGGCAAGGGAACUAUGCGCUUUGCGGACGGUCGUGUGUUCGUUGGUGAAUACAUCAAUGGUCAAAUGAUCGAAGGAAGAAUGACCUAUCAGGAUGGUUCCACCUAUGAUGGUUCCUGGGUGGAUGGCAUGAGACAUGGUAGAGGCAAGUGUGUCUUUACUGAUGAUUCUAUUUAUGAAGGUGAAUUUAGAGAAGGAGAGUUCCAUGGACACGGCAAAAUGUCUUGGGCUGAUGGUGGUUGGUACGAAGGAGAGUGGUGGAAUGGCGAGAUGCAAGGCCAUGGGAGGGAAGUUCGACCAGACGGAAGCCUCCGUCAUGAAGGGGCCUGGUCUAAGGGCCAACCGCUACGAAACAGGAAGUAA